AUGAGCUUCCUGGGAUGGUUUAUCUCGAGACGAUUUAUGGGUUCGUCAGCCUCGGCACUAACGAAACGGAGAAGAUUUUAUAAGAUUAUGCUGUCGAAACGGCUCGGGUCGAAACGGCCUGGCGGAGUUGGUCAGGCAGAAGCAGUCGAAGUUGUAGUAGAUGUAGUAGCUGAAGAGAGGCAAGGAAAGAAUUUAUACAAAGUGACAUUAGAUGGUCGUAUGCUGAAAACGCAAGCUGGGAACGUAUUACAGAUUGAAUCCGAGCCUCUGGCAUUAGCAAUAGCUGAGGAAUGGGCUUCACAGGAUCAGCAUUUGCAAAUGGGGCACAUGAGAUUGACUGGUUUGGCAUUCACGGCCCAAGACAAUCCGCUUCAUUUAACUAGGGAAUCGAUCACGAGCAAACUUUUGGAAUACUUACAUUGUGAUACAGUGUUGUUCUGGAAUAACGAAACGGAAAAAUUAAGCAGGUAUCAAGAGCAGUACUGGAAACCUGUGAUUAAAAUAGCAAAUGAAGGACUGGGCACUUCUUUAACACCUAGUACGAAUCUCCUUGAUAGUGAAGUGAUAUCUGCAAAAGAUUCACGCAUAGUUGAGAAAUGGCUUAUGUCACAUAAUUUCUGGGCACUUACUGGAUUGCAAUACGCCGUGGAAUCAUUGAAGAGCGUGCUGCUACCGUACUCCAUGGUAACGUUUAAACUUCAAGCUGAAGAAGCUGUGCAUCAUGCCAUGCUAGAGCAGAAGACACAGUCGGAAACGUGGGGUUCUGUUGAGUGGGCUCACGGAAUGGAAGAGGAGGAACUGAAAACCCGGGUGGCUGCCUCUGUGCUGUUCGUCUACUUCAACAGUAAUGCAGUUACGAAAAGGACACCAUAG